GCCACUAGACUAACUACCAGUACUUACUGUGGUUUCGACAUUUCACACUUUAGCUUCAGUUCUCAAGCGGUGGACUGCUUUUAUGAUUUCAUCUUCAUGGCCACUUUCUCAUCGGACAUCUUGCGCAAACUUGCUAGAUUCUUUGCACUCUUGUUAAAAUCUUCACUUCGUCGAGCAUGCUAUACGUUGCGAAUUUUCUAUGCCCUGCUCCGCAGGCUAGGACACAUGUGUAUUCGCCUCGGCCAUGAUACCUCCUCAACUAGAAGACUUCAAGAAGAGUUGCGCCCUGCAAUAUGUUCGAGCGGCUUACCUACGAGCCAUACACUCCCGACAUAUAUCAACCAGCCUGGUGACCGACCACGCAGUACGCUCGCAGUACAAGUGGACAUUGCAUCUCCGCAGCAUCCAUUGUACUCGACACCACCUUCACACCCCAAUUUCAGAGACGACUCCAGCAUAGGGACUAUAGAUGAUAUUCCAGCAUCAAAUGCCAGCUUUGAUAGUGGACUACCUCAAAUCGUGAACACACCAGACGAGCCGCAAUUUGUCUUCUCGGGGCAUGCCGCUGCGCCACCCAAGCCCAUCAAAUUAGUACCAAUCAUACCGACCGACGUCAAACGCUAUGAUAGAAACAUCAAAAUGAAAUGGGCUGAACCGAACUGCUUCGUCAUCGCUCCGAAAGACAACAAGUAUGUGGAGGAGGUGCAAUAUGGGUGGCGCGACUUUGUGCACCCGGAAGGUCCCAGAGUUUAUUAUCACCACGAGACAAGAGUUUUCACGGAUGCAGACAUGCGCCUAGGCAAGAUGGAUUCGAAGAAGCUCCUGGGGAUGGCUAAAGCCCUCAAGGAUUAUGCAAAGAGUCAGCCAGACGUACAGGCCAGGAUCGAUGAAAGAACAGAAUUGGUGCUCGAGCUUAACACCGAAAAAGGUAAUACUAAUAUCAUCAAUUCUUGUGGCUACUAUUUCGUCGAUCACGGGAAGAGGGUGAUAUUUUGGGCGCAUUCAUAUACUUGCGAACCCCAUGGUGAGAUUUUGUUCAACGUCAAGGCAGCCAAGAGACUCAGUCAUAUAAAGUAUUCAUUGGAAUCGCAAUACUGGUAUCACUGCGAGCUUUAUCCUCACAACCGAUACCUUUCGAGACAAAUAUUUGAAGAGCUGAGGGAAAUCAUUGUUCAUGCAAACGCAGAAACCAUCACCUCGGAUACAUCACUGGCCCCUUUUGAUGGCAAUGAACUAGCCAAGAUGCUGGAUCUAAUGGACCGUGUUGAGGGCAGCAUCGAUAAAAUGCAUGCUUAUUCUGUGUGUGUUGUAGCUCGGUUCAUGAGAUUGUUCACCAAAGUCAAAUACACAAACUUCUGCGGACAACCUGGCGUGCGCGUUGACGCCGACAGGUCCAUCUAUUACAAAGAGGGCCACGAACGCGAAACACUCAUCUUCAGGCUCCUCAACCUAAUACUUUGGUAUGGGCCACGUAAACACUAUAAGCGUGUACAGAGAGUAUGGGUGGACGAGAUCAUCAAUGCCCCACGCUGGAAAGACUUCAUCAACCAACUAGAUAACGAGUGGCUGGGGUUCACGAUCUAUUCCACUGUUAUGUUGGCUGUCGAUGUCAGUUUCCUUGCGGUGCCUGGCAUCAUCGGUCCCUCCUUAGAGACAUCGCCCGUUAUCGCAGUAUACAUGUCAUCUCUUUGUUCUGCAGGUUCGCUUGUGGUUGCUGUGUUACUUGUCGACCAAAGCAAAGACUAUCAGACUGCCGAGGACGGGGCUUUAUACAUGUCCCUGAUGACCAACGGAAUUCCUGGAAUUGAAAACUUGGCAUUGAUGCAUAGCUUGCCGUAUGCACUCCUUGUAUGGGCGAUGGCAUUCUUCGGCCUCGCAUUGUCUAUCUUCAUUUUCAAUACAAAUGACGUUGUAACGCGCGCGACGAUGAUCCCUGGAUGGACAAUAGUCUUGAUACUCACGUUGUGGCCCACGAUGUGGCCUACGAUGAACACUCCUGUCGGAUGGCUACUGAAAUUUGUGAAAUCCUUGCCCCAUCAGUCAGAGCGCGUCGUCCAAUACCUGCGUAGUUCAAGACACCCAGAAUUGGACCAGAUGUUCAUUGGCGGGACCAACGAUCAAGUUGCGUAACCAUGUACACAUCCGGAAUGUGCCACUAUGCUUCCUUACUCUUGCACCGCCGAUGUAUUAUAUAUCUGUGGUUUGGUUGGUAGGCUUACAGGAUAAGUCGAGAGUAUAUAUUAGUAUACAUCCUCCGAAUUCUAUCGCAGCUACAUGGUUUCUCCGAUCUUAUUCUAUGCAUAGGGUCUCAACUGGUGUAACUUCAUUGAGCUCCAUCGAUCGAUUCAUCAUUUACGUGUGGAGUCAGCAGAUUACGAGAAGAAAUAGUUCUCG